UACAGGAUUUAUGAAACUCAGAAGCUAUCACUAGUUACUGCUUUGUACAUUCCAAGAAUCUGAGCAUAUUCCAAAGAAGAACAUGCUUGGGUUUAUAAAAACAAAUCAAGGGCAAGCCACAGUAUUAGCAUUCUGUAGGAAUGCAGAAAGAAUCCAGUUCUAAGGCUGGCACUGCUAGAGCUUGUGGUUGAUUUCUUUUAUUUUGCAAAAGUUUGCAGAUGGGUGGAGCAUCUAGUAAUCCCCUUAAUGCCUAAGCUGUUUCAGCUUCCUUUGGGGCAAGUACUUUACUGCACUGAUCAUUAUUUUUAGCAGAGGAGAACCUGAUGUAGUGUGGACAGUGACGGCUAUUAAAUGUGCACCUAAAAAGAUUCAAAAAAUGAAAUUUCCAGUGACGAUUGUGUGGUUUAUGUUAUGGACUGGUUGUAUAGCACAAGAUUGUGAAGAACCACCUCCAAAAAAAGAAAGAAAAAUUUUGUCAGGCUCAUGGCCUGAGCAAUCAUAUAAAGAAGGCACUCAGGCUACAUACAAAUGCCGCCCUGGAUACAGAACCCUUGGAACUAUUACAAUGGUCUGCAAGAAGGGAAACUGGGAGCCUCUUUAUCCAUCUAGAAUAUGCCGAAAAAGGCCCUGUGGACAUCCUGGAGAUACUCCCUUUGGUUCUUUCCAACUUGCAGUAGGAAAUAAGUUUGAAUAUGGUGCAAAAGUUGUUUAUACCUGUAAUGAGGGGUAUCAGCUGCUAGGUGAGAUUAAUUACCGUGAAUGUGAGACAGAUGGAUGGACCAACAAUAUUCCUCUAUGUGAAAUUGUUAAGUGUUUACCAGUGACAGAACCAAAGAAUGGGAGAAUUAUCAGUGGUGCAUUAGAAUCAGACCUCCAGGAAUAUACCUUUGGACAUGUGGUUCGGAUUGAGUGCAAUACAGGUUUCAAGCUUGAGGCACCUAAAGAAAUACAUUGCUCUGCAAAUGGUACCUGGAGUGGAAUCCCAAAAUGUGUGGAAAUUACCUGUGAGUUACCAGAUAUUUCAAAUGGAUAUUCUAUUGCUCAGAAGAAAUUUUAUAAGGAAAAUGAACGACUUCAAUAUAAAUGUAAUAGAGGUUUUGAAUACAGUGAAAAAGGAGAUGCUGUAUGCAGGGGAUCUGGAUGGAUUCCGCCACCCUCAUGUGAAGAAGUAACAUGUAAUAAGCCUUAUAUUCCAAAUGCUGUCUACAAACCUGUAAAGACCAAAUACAGAACUGAGGAUGAAAUCACAUAUGAAUGUAAAGAUGGCUUUUAUCAUGCAACCCGGGGAAAUAAAGUAAAAUGCACUGUUACAGGCUGGGUACCUGCUCCAAGGUGUAGCUUGAAGCCCUGUAAUUUUCCAGAAAUUAAACAUGGACAGCUACAUGAUGAAGCAUAUUAUAGACCAUACUUUCCAGUAUCCACAGGACGUUCUUAUUACUAUAGGUGUGAUGAAAAUUUUGUGACCCCUUCACAACAAUUUUGGGGUACAAUUACUUGCAAACCAGAAGGAUGGGAGCCAGCACUGCCAUGCCUCAGAAAAUGUAUUUUCAAUUAUUUGGAAAAUGGAAACAAUCCAUUGAGACCAAGAUGGUAUUUACAGGGUGAAUCUGUACGUGUUGAAUGCCUUCCUGGCUACAGUCUUGAGGAUGAGCAGAAUACAAUGACAUGUACAGAGAAUGACUGGUCCCCUCCUUCCAGAUGCAUUAAAGUCAAAACAUGCUCAAAACGAGAUUUAGAAAUUGAGUAUGGUUUUAUUUCUGAAUCUGAUACUACAUAUGCGUUACAUAAAGAAACACAAUAUAAGUGUAAACCAGGAUAUUUAACAGAAGAUGGUAAAAUGUCAGGAUCAAUUAAAUGUAUGAAAAGCGGAUGGUCAGCUCAACCUAGAUGCAUUAAAUCAUGUGAUAUGCCAGUAUUCGAGCAUGCCAGACCGAAAAACGACAGCAGAUGGUUUAAACUCAAUGACAAAGUGGAAUAUGAAUGUGACAAGGGAUAUGAGAACACAGAUGGAGGCACCACUGGCUCUAUAAUAUGUGGUGACAAUGGUUGGUCUGAUAAACCUACAUGCCAUGAAAGAGAAUGUAAAAUUCCCAAACUAGAUGAUUAUUUAACUGUUCGGCCUUCCGAAAACAAGUAUAAAAUUGGAGAUGUGAUAAAAUUAUCCUGCAGACUGGACCGUUUCAGAGUUGGACCAGAUUCAGUUCAGUGCUACCACUUUGGAUGGUCCCCUAAUUUUCCAACAUGUAAAGUAGGGACAGUGAAAUCAUGUUGGAAACCUCCACAACUCCUGAAUGGACAAGUUAAAGAAGCACAGAAAGAAGAAUAUGAACACAAUGAAGUGGUGGAAUAUGUUUGCAAUCCUAGAUUUCAGAUGAAGGGUUCCAAUAAAAUUCAAUGUGUUAAUGGAGAAUGGACAAACUUGCCUAAGUGUAUUGAGGAGAAGAGCACAUGUGGAGAUAUACCUGACCUUCCUAAUGGCCUUGUUGAAGAUGCUGCCCCUCCCUAUCACCAUGGAGAUUCAGUACAGGUCAGUUGCAGAGAAGCAUUUACUCUGAUUGGUCACAGCUCAGCCACUUGCAUUAAUGGAAGGUGGAGCCAACUUCCUGAGUGCAUUGAAACAGAUGCACUUGAGAAGUGUAAACCAGAAAAGCCAUUUGCAAAUGAUCCAAAUCUAUCAAAUAUGACUGAAUUUAAUCAUAAUUACAACGUAAGUUACGACUGCAAAGGAAAAUCAGGAAAAAAAUAUGCCAUCUGCAUAAAUGGAAAAUGGGAUCCUAAAAUAACCUGCACUGAAGAAGUACCAAAACAAUUUUGCCCACCUCCACCUCAGAUUCGCCAUGCUGAAGAUAUGACAACCACAGUGAAUUACCAGGACGGGGAAAGAAUAUCUCUUCUCUGUAAAGAAAACUAUCUAAUUCAGGGCGGAGAAGAAAUUAUGUGUAAAGAUGGAAGAUGGCAGUCAAUACCACAAUGUGUUGAAAAAAAGCCAUGUCCACAACUACCUCAUAUAGAACAUGGAACCAUUCAAUUAUCUAACUCUUCAGAAGAAAGGAAAGUUACACUAGGACCCAAGACUUAUCCACAUGGCACCAAACUUAGUUACAUUUGUGAUGAUGGUUUCAAGAAAUCUGAAGAAGAUGAAAUAACAUGCCACAUGGGAAAAUGGAGCCCUCUACCUCAGUGUGUAGGACUUCCUUGUGAACCUCCAGGUUUGAUUUCCCAUGGUAUUCUAUAUCUAAAGGGAGACAAUUACCAAUAUGGAGAAAUUGUCACCUACCAUUGUACCGAAGGCUUUGGGAUUGAUGGACCUGCAACUAUAACAUGUUUAGGAGGAAAAUGGUCCCCUCUACCAGAAUGCAUAAAAACGGAUUGUUAUAAUUUACCCAGCUUUGGUGAUGCCAUACUCAUAGGUCAGAGAAAGGAAUCAUAUAGGUCAGGAGAAAAAGUGGCUUAUAAAUGUCCAGAAUAUCACCAAAUAGAUGGCUCCAAUACUGUACAGUGUAUUAACAGAAAAUGGAUAGGAAGGCCAACAUGUAGAGAUGCUUCCUGUGUAGAUCCACCUAGAGUGGAAAAUGCUGUGAUACCAAACAAGAUGCCUAGGUACUCAUCUGGUGAGAGAGUACAGUAUGAAUGCAAAAAACCUUUCGACAUAUUUGGGGAUAUGGAAGUGAUAUGUUUAAAUGGAACAUGGACAAAACCACCUGAGUGCAAAUACUCGAAAGGAAAAUGUGGCCCGCCUCCACCUAUAAACAAUGGAGAUAUUACCUCACCCCUAUUACCAGUAUAUGCUCCAGAAACAUCAGUUGAGUACCGAUGCAAGUCUUUCUAUAAACUUGAUGGAAACCAGAAUGUAAUUUGCCGCAAUGGAGAAUGGUCAAAACCACCAGAAUGUCUAGAGCCAUGUAUAAUAUCAACAACAGCCAUGGAGGAACAUCAUAUAAGGUUGAGAUGGAUAGAUGCUGACAAACUUUAUUCUCAGUCAGGGGAAACUGUUGAAUUUGUGUGUAAAAAUGGAUAUCGUCCAGUGACAAAAGAUUCCUUACGAAAAACCUGUCAGAAAGGAUCACUGAUAUAUCCCACUUGUAUAGAAAAAAUGCAUAAAGUGUAGUCAAAACUUACAAUAUGUACAGGUAUUCAUUAUUAAUACAAUUUUGAACUUAAUGUUGCUCAAGUUAUCCAAUCUCUACUUAUUGUUUCAAGGAUUGUUUGAUUCAUUUUCUUUAAUAAACCAGAAUUUGUAUUAAAUGUAACAUGGAUAUGCAAUUAUAAUCUGAGAGAUCAAUGAAGUGCUUCUUUCAAUUAUUACAUUAAAACUUGGUAAACCAAAAUAUGUGUCCUAUUCUG